CAAUUUCGACUAAUCAUCAAUAUUGUACAAAUAAAAAUCUCUUUGAAGGUUGAAAUCAUAGUCCACCCACAAGCCAACUGACCUCGACCUCGCUUUCCCCUCCGUGUCCCCCCUUCCAAAAUCCCUAUCCCCACCUUUCGUUACCUUCUCCUGCCCAGGCUGCGCCAACCCACCUACAACCUCGCCCGAAGAAGGGAUCCAGAUCCAAUCCCACCCCCGCUAUCUCGCCUCACCCCACCCUUUCCCUCCCUUCGCCCUCGCCCCCAUUCCAUCCGUCUCCAGCCAGCAGGCGCGCCAUGGCCACCCCGACCCCGACCCCGACCCCAACCCUCCGCAUCAAAUCGGCCGCUCGCAAACUCCCCAUCAAGCGAAAGCCCUCUUCUGACCCCAACCCCACCUCUACCCCCACCCAGGACUCCCUCCUCCUCGCCCCCAAGCCCGAAGCCGACGUCCCCCUAUCCGCCCUCCCACCCGACAACGGCUACGACGACGAGGACGACGAAGACGCCGAAGACGAUGAUGAAUCCGAAUACGUGCUGGCCUCCUCUGCGGCCGGCGUCGAAGGCGGCCCCGGAGGCGCCUCCGCCGCCGGCGAUUUGCGCUCCCCUCCCUUCAAGUUCCAUCGGAUUUGGUCUGAGUCCGACGAGAUCCGCUUCCUCCAGGGCCUCCUGGGCUGCUGGUCCCAGGGCAUGGUCUUUCCCCGCGACCUGAAUCUUUUCUACGAUCGUUUCUCCGAGUCGAUGCCCCAGCCCUACACCCGAUCCCAGCUCUCCGAGAAGCUCCGCCGCCUCCGCAAGAAGUUCCGCAUCAUGUCUGGCCGCAUCGCUCGCGGCCAGGACCCUUCCCGCCUCGCUCCCCACGACCGCGACCUCCUUCACCUCUGCACCCGCCUCUGGCACCCUUCCUAUGCCUCCUCCUCUCCCUUCUCCAUCCCCGAUGCCGCCGCCCCCGGCAGCGGAGGCAAUAAGCGCCGCCGCCCCAACCCCCGCGCCCCAUCCGGCCAUGCCCGCGCCGAGGGACCCCCUACCCCUCAGCUCCCACUCCCUCCCCCUCCCCCUCCCCCUCCCCCGCCCUCCCUUCCUUCCCAACCCGCGCCUCCCACUCCCUCGCCCGCCCUUCUCGUCCAACCCGCGCUUCCCCUCCCCCGCGCGCCCUCCCGCCCAAGCCACGCCUCCCCGCCCGCCCUCCCCGCCCAAGCCACGCCUUCUCCUCCCCCUCCCCCUGCCCCUCCCGCCCCCUCUGUCGACAAAAGGAGCUACUUUGACGAUGCCAAUCUGGUCGAUGUUCACCCUGUGCUCGUAAAGGAGGAGCCCUUUCCUACGAACGAUGAUGUUUCUGGCAAGGAGGGGCCUGGACAUCUGGUGGCGAGAACCAUCUUGGAUGUGUUUGAUGGGUGCCUGAAGGAGCUGCAGGCGACUCUGGCCCAGCAGGCGUUGAUUGGCAGCCCGGACUGCGCUUUGACGUCUGGUUCUGAAGAGAGCGAGCUGUUGAAGAGGUGGCGGGAGCAGCGGGUUGCGGAGAUGGACGUCCUGGCACGGCGCUUGAGGUUGGUUCUGGAGAGUGCGGUCAAGAACUGAUCUGAAUGGGUGAAGAGAAUGGGUGGGAUGCAAAGCCAUUUCCUCUGAACAUAUUAGAGAGGAUUUCCUAUUGAUGCUUGAGUAUAUUUCUCAUCUUUUUAUUGAUAUCUAAUAACUUCCAACCAAUCUGCUUAUUAUCUUCUUUCUCUAAUUCUGUUAUUUAUAGUUAGAGAGAAAUGUUGUUAGGUAGAGGUGUAGCUGAGCUUCUUAGUGGUCAGAGAUUUGGUUCUUGUAUUUCCAAGUAUGGAAUUUCAUUAUUGAAUAGCUUAAAUGUAUGCCUUCUCUCUCUCUCUUCUUUUUUUUUUUUUUUUGGUGUGAGACUUAACAUAUGUCCUUAACGUAUGUUAAGGACAUCUCCCUAAUAUAUGCCCUUAAUUCUCACCAACACCAUGACUAGGAUUUUAGAUGACGCUCAGCUAGAGUGGUCAUAUCCUCUCUUUUGUUGUAGAUAAGCUUGCUGAAUCUUGGAACGAGCAUACCAGAUCUUGGAAAAUCGUUAACUAGUGUAGAUGGUGAACUAUCAUUUGGCCCCUUGUCUGCAUGAUCCAGGGUGGGAUCUUUAUUAAGGGAAAUCCAUGAUACAUGCCACUUUUGCAACAAUUUACUCCCUGGACCUGCACUAAUUGAUGUUAACCAACUACAGAUAAUUUCUGCAUUCUAACGUCUAUGAAAAUUAUGCAUUGGAUGCAGCGAGGGAAUGGAUUAUUGCUAAAUGGUGUGGAGUUGCAUCUUAGAUCUCCAGUAAGAGGAACUAAUGCUGUUUUUUUACUCAUCAUAGCUGGUGGUUGCACAAUCAGCGUUUGGGGAAAAAAGAUAUAUAACCUACUGCAGGUAUUAAAAACAAGAACAUGGGGUCAAACAGUCCCAACUUUGUUGAGGCACGGUUGAUUUUAUGUUUUCAUGAUGAAGGUUUUAUAUCUAGUUUGGUAUGACUUGUAUGUCACUCGUGUUGGUUUUUUUGUUGUAAUGCAUCGAUUUCUUGAUAAAGUGGAACUUGGGAAAUUCGUUUUCCUGUUGUUUAUUCGUUUCUUGCUGGUGUUUCGGAUAUCACGUUGUGUCAAGCUUCCCCACCAAGCGCCUCUCUAUGGGGUUAAGGCACCAUCCUGUAGUUGACAACCAUCAUUAGUCAUCCAAUUUAAUUUUAUUUUUUUGUUAUACAAGAACUUUGUCACCAGUUAUUUGUUUGAGACAACAGGUUUGAUUUUUCCAUUUUUUCUCUCCUCAAUCCAAACUAAGGAAGCACCUUGGAAAUGUCACGCCAAGCACAGAACGUCCGAUACGAUAAGCCAUUGGAAAGUGGUAUUCAGGACACUUUUAAGCUUGUAUCUUGGUAGUUUCCAUGCAUUCUAGGUGUGGUUACCAUGGUUCAUCGAUCUUCAUCGAGCAACAUGUUUGCUUUGCCCGUACGAGAACGAGAAAGGCAAAAAGGUUAUAGUUCACAUAUCACUUACCGUACCAAGAUCAUGAGAGACUCCGACAACACUUGCAAAAGUUCUGCAUUCUUCCCAUCAAGGCUCCAGGAAACUUUGAUGCAAAUGUUAGUUCCAGGACACUCCUCUCGGAAUUCAGGGCAAGGAAGGGGGGUGUUUUCUUGAAUAUGUCUCAUUUGUUGCUUGAUAUCAAUUGAGAUCAUGGCAGUCUCCCAAGCAAAGGCAGUUAUGCUUCUUUUCUUUGACCUCCCAUGGGUCUUCACUUGAUUUCCAGUUGAUGGUGAUAAUUAGUUUAGUUGG